UCAUAAUGAUUCUUGCAUUCCUUCAACAGAAAAAACUGCUUAGACAAUCUAAUGGAUGAAGAUGAGAAAGACAGGGCAAAGAGGGCUUCGCGUAACAAGUCUGAGAAGAAGAGGCGCGAUCAGUUCAAUGUUCUCAUCAAAGAGCUCAGCUCCAUGCUUCCAGGCAACACUCGCAAAAUGGACAAAACUACUGUGCUGGAAAAAGUCAUUGGCUUUCUGCAGAAACACAAUGAAGUCUCAGCACAGACAGAGAUUUCUGAAAUUCAGCAGGACUGGAAGCCUUCAUUCCUCAGCAAUGAAGAAUUCACCCAGCUGAUGUUGGAGGCAUUAGAUGGCUUCAUUAUAGCAGUAACCACAGGCGGAAGCAUCAUCUACGUGUCUGACAGCAUCACACCUCUUCUAGGGCAUUUACCGUGUGAUGUCUUGGAUCAGAAUUUGUUAAACUUCCUCCCAGAACAAGAACACUCAGAAAUUUAUAAGAUGUUAUCUUCUUGUAUGCUUAUGACAGAUUCUGCCUCAUCGGAUUACCUAAAAACUGACAAUGAACUAGAGUUUUAUUGUCAUCUUCUGAGAGGAAGUUUGAACCCAAAGGAAUUUCCAACAUAUGAAUACAUAAAAUUUGUAGGAAAUUUUCGGUCUUACAGCAAUGUGCCUAACUCCACUUGCAAUGGCUUUGAUGAGGCUGUACCAAGGGCUUACAGAACAUCCCCAGGAAAGCAAAUCUGCUUUGUUGCGACUGUUCGUUUGGCAACGCCUCAGUUUUUAAAGGAGAUGUGCAUCGUAGAAGAACCUCUAGAGGAGUUCACAUCAAGACACAGUCUGGAGUGGAAAUUUUUAUUCCUGGAUCACAGAGCACCGCCAAUUAUCGGAUACUUGCCUUUUGAAGUGCUGGGUACUUCUGGCUACGACUAUUACCACAUAGAUGACCUAGAGCUGCUAGCAAGGUGCCACGAACACUUGAUGCAGUUCGGCAAGGGGAAGUCAUGCUGCUAUCGGUUUCUGACCAAAGGACAGCAGUGGAUCUGGCUCCAGACCCAUUACUACAUCACCUACCACCAGUGGAACUCCAAGCCAGAGUUCAUUGUGUGCACACACAUGGUGGUAAGUUAUGCAGAUGUUCGGGUGGAGAGGAGACAGGAGAUGGGCUUGGAAGAAGUGUCUUCAGAGGUUGUGUCCUCGGCACUAAAGGACAGUGGCACCAGCUUGGAUCCUGAACAGCACUUUAAUGCACUUGAUAUUGGUGCCUCAAUCCUCAGCGCUAGUCGGACACCCUCAGUAUCAUCCAGGAGCUCGCCAAAAUCUUCCCACACACCCAAGUCAGACCCAGCAUCUACACCAACAAAGCUGAUUACAGAGUCUAACACUCCCUUGCCAAGAACGCCGAGCACACAGCAGGAUUUAUCCGUGCAUAGACUCAGCCAGCCUACUGCUCUUCAGGUUUCUUUGCCUUCUCAGCUUCCAUGUGAGCUUCUCCCACAGCAGUUGCUGCCUCAAGCAACUCUGCAAAAUCAGCCUGCACCUCUGGCACAGUUCUCAGCACAAUUCAGCAUGUUCCAGACCAUCAAGGACCAGCUAGAGCAGCGGACACGGAUCCUGCAGGCUAAUAUCCGGUGGCAGCAAGAGGAGCUCCAGAAGAUACAGGAGCAGCUCUGCCUGGUCCAAGACUCCAGUGUACAGAGAUCUUCAAAACUGAAUACAGCAGUCCACGAAGAAAUGCUUUCACAGCGAGACAGGUGCUGAGCACAGUAGUCUGCAUUAGAAACUGUUUGCGGAAGCCUUGUGCAGAGAAAGAUGAAACUAUCGGGAGGAUUGCAGGCCCUGAAUAAAAGUGUUCAAAACUCCAUUAAAUCUCUGUUACUGCUUUUCCUGACAAUGAAGGACAAGAGCAGAAAGAGUAACCUCAGAAGUCUGAAGGAUGCUGUGUCUGCUCCAGUUUGAACAGUCUAGCUAAUGAUUCGCAGAUGCAGAGGAAGGCAGAAAGGCUGAGCCUGACCAGCUUGCAAGAACUACAAUCAAGACCAUCCACAGCCACCCAUCAUGUGCAAAGCAGGCUCUCUUCUAAGUCCAUGCAUCUCAGCUUCCCAAUGCUGUGCUUCUCAUCUUCAUAUAUUUUACAUAAAGAAAGAGUCUUGAUGCCUGUAAUGAUGAACCCAAAAGCUAUAAUCCCCUGAUUAUCCAAAGAACAGGUAGAGUCAAAGAGAUGUUUUGCUCAGGAUGCCUUGUCAGUGUGAUGCAGUCAUUAGCUGUAGGGCCCAUCUAACUUGGAACAAGGGGGCAGCAGUGUCAGAGGGUCCCUCCUCUUCCUCGCUGCUUUGCUGUGUAUGUUAACAAUCUGGCCAAUUAAAAAAUGUUUGUAAGAUGCUUCACUGACCUUGCAGUCCACAAAAUCACCAACGAGACAUCAUUAGCAGCAAUGCAGUUAGAAGGCUGCUAAUUUAUCUGCUUAGACAGGGAAAGAUUUUAUUUUUUAUGAAAAGGUUUGUCUUGUUAUUUAAAGCUGCUGUAUUUCAGUGUUUUGAGGGAAUUCGGACAGGACUAUCACAAAAGAGGCCCAUUAUAAAAAAACACCAUUAGGUACAAAUUAAGCUUUUAGGUUUAAGUAGCAGGUGGAAAUUUCCACUCUUCAAUCCUCUGUCACUUUAACUCUUGUUUUGAUAAGUCAAGUUGAGUCUUCAGCUCUGCAGGGACAUGGUCACCAUUGCUUCUCGCUCUGAGUUUGUUUUUCCAGGUCAUUCAUGUCCAGAGGGUAACAAUGCUGCUUUGGCCAUUGUAAUGGCAACAGAGAGUCCCCAGGUAUGAAACACUUAGAGCCCUCUUAGGG